ACUUGUGGCUAGCGGCUUCGCUUUCUCUGAUAACCCGGAGGGAGAGAUUGGAAACCGCGGAGUUUCCUCUGGGAGGCCGCGGCCAGCCGGGGCUGACUUGCUAUGUUGGGCUCCGGGGGCCGUGUAAGAGCCGAGAGAGACAUGAGGUGUCUCUGAAGCCCGGCCGCCUGGGCCAUGAAGAAGAUUUUUAGCAAGAAGGGCGAAUCGCCCUUGGGCUCCUUCGCGCGGCGGCGGAGCAGCGCGGGCGGCGGGGGCGAGCCCGGGGAGGGCGCCUACUCGCAGCCGGGCUACCACGUCCGAGACCGAGAUCUCGGCAAGAUUCACAAAGCUGCCAGCGCGGGUAAUGUGGCGAAAGUGCAGCAGAUCCUUUUGCUCAGGAAGAAUGGCUUGAACGAUAGAGACAAGAUGAACAGGACAGCUCUACAUUUGGCCUGUGCCAAUGGUCAUCCAGAAGUAGUAACUCUCCUGGUGGACAGAAAAUGCCAGCUCAAUGUCUGUGACAACGAAAACAGGACAGCUCUGAUGAAGGCUGUACAAUGCCAGGAAGAGGAAUGUGCAAGUAUUCUACUAGAGCAUGGUGCUGAUCCAAAUCUUGCCGAUGUCCAUGGCAACACUGCUCUCCACUAUGCUGUCUAUAAUGAGGACAUACCAUUAGCAACAAAGCUGCUUUUGUAUGAUGCAAAUAUUGAAGCAAAAAACAAGGAUGACCUCACACCACUUCUACUUGCAGUAAAUGGAAAAAAGCAGCAAAUGGUGGAAUUUUUAAUAAAGAAAAAAGCAAAUGUAAAUGCAGUGGAUAAGUUGGAAAGCAGUCACCAACUAAUUUCGGAAUAUAAAGAAGAAAGGAUACCUAAAAAUUCUUCUCAAAAUAGUAAUUCAGUGGAUGACAGCUCUGAAGACUCCUUAAGCAGGCUUUCUGGCAAACCAGGUGUUGAUGAUUCAUGGCCUACCUCAGAUGAUGAAGACCUCGAUUUUGAUACCAAGAAUGUCCCAAAACCAAGCUUAGCAAAGCUAAUGACUGCUUCUCAGCAAUCCAGGAAAAAUCUAGAAGCAACAUAUGGCAUUGUGAGAACAGGAAGUAGAACUUUGUUUGAGGAUAGAGAUUCUGAUAGUCAAGAUGAAGUUGUGGUUGAAAGCCUUCCUACAACAUCAGUCAAAGUCCAGGGCUUUUCUCAUCCUACCUGUCAAUCACCUGACCCUCUUCCAAAACCUUCCCACAAGUCGUUAGCAAACCCUGGUCUUAUAAAGGAAGGACCAACAAAGCCAGCCGUUGGAAAAAAAGAAAAUGGUAUUGAUAUUAUUGAAAGUGCUCCACUAGAGCAAACAAAUAAUGACAGUUUGACUUAUGUUGAUGAAGUGCACAAAAAUAAUAGAAGUGAUAUGAUGUCCGCAUUAGGAUUAGGACAAGAGGAAGAUACAGAAUCACCUUGGGAUUCUGAGAGUAUCUCUGAGAAUUUUCCACAGAAGUAUGUUGAUCCUUUAGCUGGGGCUGCAGAUCGAAAAGAAAAAAAUAUGGGAAAUGAACAAGCAGAAGAGUCUCCUGAGAGAUAUCUUCACUUGAAGCCUACCAUUGAAAUGAAAGAUUCUGUUCCAAAUAAAGCAGGAGGAACGAAGGAUGUACAAACAUCCAAAGCAGCUGAACAUGACUUAGAAGUGGCAUCAGAAGAAGAGCAAGAAAGGGAAGAAAGUGAAAAUAACCAGCCACAGGUUGAAGAAGAAAGGAAAAAACACAGAAAUAGUGAAAUGGAAGUGUCAGCAAACAUACAUGAUGGUGCUACUGAUGAUGAUGAAGAUGAUGGAUUAAUUCAAGAAAGAAGGAGUGGAGAAACUGAUCAUCAGCAAUUUCCCAGGAAGGAAAAUAAAGAGUAUGCUAGUAGUGGUCCUGCCUUGCAAAUGAAGGAAGUAAAGAGAACCUCGAAAGAAUCUGUGAAUUCACCAGUGUUUGAGAAAGCCAGUUUACUAACUGGUGGCCUGCUACAAGUGGAUGAUGACAGCAGUUUAAGUGAAAUAGAUGAGGACGAAGAAAGGCCUAGUAAGAAAACAUCUAAUGAAAAGAACAAGGUCAAAAACCAAAUACAGUCUAUGGAUGAUGUUGAUGACUUAACUCAGUCAUCUGAAACAGCCUCAGAGGAUUGUGAGCUGCCUCACUCUAGUUACAAGAAUUUUAUGUUGCUCAUUGAACAACUUGGAAUGGAGUAUAAAGAUUCUGUUAGCCUAUUGAAAAUUCAGGAUGCAGCUCUUUCGUGUGAAAGAUUAUUAGAACUUAAAAAAAAUCACUGUGAACUACUUACAGUAAAAAUUAAAAAAAUGGAAGAUAAGGUUAAUGUACUACAAAAGGAGCUAUCUGAAACAAAAGAAAUAAAAUCACAGUUAGAGCAUCAGAAAGUUGAAUGGGAACGAGAACUGUGCUCUUUGAGAUUUAGCUUAAACCAAGAAGAAGAGAAGAGAAGAAAUGCUGAUAUGUUGUAUGAAAAAAUUAGGGAACAGUUAAGAAGGAAAGAAGAGCAAUAUAGGAAAGAAGUUGAAGUGAAACAACAGCUUGAACUGAGUCUCCAAACACUGGAGAUGGAAUUGAGGACUGUAAAAAGUAAUUUGAAUCAGGUCGUACAAGAGCGAAAUGACACUCAGAGGCAACUUUCUCGAGAACAGAAUGCCAGAAUGUUACAAGAUGGAAUUCUGACCAAUCACCUUUCCAAACAAAAGGAGAUUGAAAUGACUCAAAGGAAAAUGAAUUCUGAGAAUUCUCAUAAUCGUGAAGAAGAAAAAGACCUAUUGCAUAAAAAUAGCAUGUUGCAGGAAGAAAUUGCUAUGCUAAGACUAGAAAUAGACACAAUAAAAAAUCAAAACCAGGAAAAAGAAAAGAAAUGUUUUGAGGACCUUGGAAUUGUAAAAGAAAAGAAUGAAGACCUUCAGAAGACUAUAAAGCAGAAUGAGGAAACAUUAACACAAACAAUAUCCCAGUAUAAUGGACGGCUUAGUGUUCUGACAGCUGAGAAUGCAAUGCUAAAUUCUAAACUGGAGAAUGAAAAGCAAAGCAAGGAAAGACUGGAAGCAGAAGUUGAAUCAUACCGUUCUAGAUUGGCUGCUGCUAUACAUGAUCGUGAUCAAAGUGAGACAUCAAAAAGAGACCUAGAACUUGCUUUCCAGAGAGCAAGAGAUGAGUGGUCUCGUUUACAGGACAAAAUGAAUUUUGAUGCGUCUAACCUAAAAGAUAACAAUGAGAUUCUUUCUCAGCAACUAUUUAAAACUGAAAGUAAACUCAAUAACCUAGAAAUUGAGCUCCAUCACACAAGAGAUGCCCUCAGAGAAAAGACUUUGGGUUUAGAACGGGUACAAAAGGACCUAAGCCAAACCCAGUGUCAAAUGAAGGAAAUGGAACAAAAGUAUCAAAAUGAACAAGUUAAAGUGAAUAAAUACAUUGGAAAGCAGGAGUCUGUAGAGGAGAGAUUGUCUCAACUACAAAGUGAGAAUAUGCUGCUUCGACAACAACUGGAUGAUGCCCACAACAAGGCUGACAAUAAAGAGAAGACAGUGAUUAAUAUUCAAGACCAAUUUCAUGCUAUUUUGCAAAAACUUCAAGCUGAGAGCGAAAAGCAAAGUCUUCUGCUAGAAGAAAGAAAUAAGGAGUUAAUCAGUGAAUGUAAUCACUUAAAAGAAAGACAGUAUCAAUAUGAAAAUGAAAAGGCAGAAAGAGAAGUUGUUGUGAGACAACUUCAACAAGAACUAGCUGAUACCCUAAAAAAACAAUCUAUGUCAGAGGCUUCACUGGAGGUUACAUCACGUUAUCGUAUUAAUUUAGAAGAUGAGACACAGGAUUUAAAGAAGAAAUUAGGUCAAAUCAGAAAUCAAUUGCAAGAAGCACAGGAUCAACAUACAGAAGCUGUCAGAUGUGCUGAGAAGAUGCAACAUCACAAGCAAAAGCUUGAAAAAGAUAAUGCCAAGUUAAAAGUUACAAUCAAAAAGCAAAUGGACAAAAUUGAGGAGCUUCAGAAAAACCUGUUAAAUGCAAAUUUGUCUGAAGAUGAAAAGGAACAAUUAAAGAAACUUACGGAAUUAAAACAGUCUCUGGAAUGUAAUUUGGAUCAAGAAAUGAAGAAAAAUGUUGAAUUAGAAAGAGAGAUAACUGGAUUUAAGAACCUCUUAAAAAUGACAAGAAAGAAGUUAAAUGAAUAUGAAAAUGGAGAAUUUAGUUUUCAUGGAGAUUUAAAAUCUAGUCAAUUUGAAAUGGAUAUUCAGAUUAAUAAGCUAAAACAUAAGAUUGAUGAUCUUACAGCAGAACUGGAGACUGCAGGUUCCAAAUGUCUACAUCUGGAUACAAAGAAUCAAGUUCUUCAACAGGAGUUGUUAUCUAUGAAAACAAUACAAAAGAAAUGUGAAAAACUGCAGAAGAAUAAAAAGAAGUUGGAACAAGAAGUGAUCAACCUGAGAAGUCAUAUAGAAAGGAAUAUGGUAGAACUUGGUCAAGUCAAACAGUAUAAACAGGAGAUUGAAGAAAGAGCAAGACAGGAAAUAGUAGAAAAAUUAAAAGAAGUCAAUCUAUUUUUACAGGCACAAGCAGCAUCUCAAGAAAACUUAGAGCAGUUAAGAGAGAAUAAUUUUGCUUCAAUGAAAAGUCAGAUGGAACUCAGAAUUAAAGAUCUGGAAUCUGAACUCUCCAAAAUAAAAACUUCUCAAGAAGACUUUAAUAAAACCGAACUGGAAAAAUAUAAGCAACUCUAUCUAGAAGAAUUAAAAGUUAGAAGAUCUUUGUCAAAUAAACUAAACAAAACUAAUGAAAGGCUAGCAGAGGUCAGCACCAAACUUCUUAUGGAAAAACAGCAGAGCAGAUCUUUGUUCACCACUCUCACUACCAGGCCAGUCAUGGAGCCACCUUGUGUUGGAAAUCUUAAUAAUAGUUUAGAUCACAACAGAAAACUUAUUCCAAGAGAAAACUUAGUGAUCUCUUCCUCAAAUCCACGGACGUCAAAUAAUAGCUUGGAGAACUACUUGAGCAAGAUGCAGCAGGAGUUAGAAAAAAACAUAACUAGAGAACUCGAAGAAGCUGCUGCUGAAUUGGAAUCUGGAUCAAUAGCUUCUCCUCUAGGAUCUAUUGAUGAGUCAAAUCUAAAUCAAGAUCUGGUUUUGAAAGCUUCAAAAGAAUAUGUACAGGUUUUAAAGAAAAAUUAUAUGAUCUGAAAGAUAAAAUUUUAUUACUGGGCUGUUUAUGUUACAUUUUAAUUGUUUCUCAUUAAAUACUAGUAUAUGACAUGUAAAAAUCUCUAUUAAAGGAAAAUAUUUUUGUAUCAUAUGUGUCAGAUCAAAAUUUGUAUAGUAUUUUAAACAAUGUUACUUGGCUUCUUUAAGUGGAUUUUGCCAGUGAAAACCAGGAAUGUUGAGUUUUACAUGCUCAGAGUGCCCAAAUGUCAGCUGUUUAAACAGCCAAACCAUGAAGUUGUCAUUAAUACUUUAGUGCAGUUAAUUGAUGGCUUAUUUGUAUUUUGUAAUUUUUAUCACUAUAUGUAGUGCUAGAGUUGGACUUAGACAUCAUUUUGUUGUGCAGGAACUAUGGUCAUUGUUCAUGUUUGGAUGUAUUACAAUUGUUACAGUGCCAUCAAAUAUACACAAUUUUAAGCACUGAUUUAUAUAGCUCUUCUCAGGGAGAAAUAAGAUUUGCCUAAUUCACCUUUUCUGUUUGUUUAUUUCUAAUUAACCUUUUGGAAAUAGUCUUCAAUUUAGAGAAAAUUUCCAAAGUUUAAUGCAAAGACUUUCCCCUCCGAACCAUUUGAGAGUAAGUUGCUGACAUUAUGCCAUCACCCCUGAUUACUUUAGCGGGCAUUCCUACAAGUCAGGACAUUCUAUGCAACUACAGUGCAAACAUUGCAAUCAGAAAGUCAACAUUAAUACAUUCUAGUUUGUUACUUCUCUGUAAUGUCCUUUAUAGCAAAAAGAUCCCAUUCCAAUCCAUGGCUUGUAUUUAGUUGUUGUAUCUCUUAGAUUCUUUCAGUCUGGAACAGUUCCUCAGUCUUUUCCUUGACCUUCAUGACCUUGAGUAUUUUGAAGAGUAAAGUCCAGUAAUAUAGAAUGUCCCUCAAUUGGGUGAUUAGAUUUAGAUUACAUGAUUUUUUGGCAGGAGUAUCACAGAAGUGACCCAGUGAUCUUCUCAUUGCAUCUUACCUGUGACCCUACAGUUUUGACCUCCCCUGUUACUGGCAGUGUUAGCAUUGAUAACUAACAGUGGUAUCUGCUGAAUUUCUCCUCUGUAAUGUUAUUUUUUCACCUUGUGGUUAAUUAGUAUUUUAUGGGGAGGUAAUUUGAGACUAUGUACAUAUCUCUGUUCCUCAUCGAACCCUCAAUUUAUUCAUUUACUUCUAUCAAUAUGGGUUCAUGGUUUAUUUUAUUCAAUGGGUUAUCAUUCAUUAAUAUCAUUAUUAAAAUUUAUUUUUCUUUUAAGAAAUACUCUAUUUUGACAAUUUCAGACUUACAGAAAAAUUAUAAGAGGUAGUACAAAUAAUUUUUGGAUAUUAUUCCCCAAAUGUUAACAUUUUACUACAUUUACUUUAUCCUUUCUCCCCCUUCUCCUCCUCUGUUUCUAGAUAAAUAUGAAUAUAGGUGCUUAUUACAGAUAUUUUUUCUGAACUGUUUGCAGGUUGCAGACA